AUCCAUUCAGAGUUUUGUAACCUAACCGUAAGGCACGGCCGUCUUACAUGACCAUUUUGUAACGUUGUGUAAGGUGAAAAGGUGUGAAGAAAAUCUGCUUGCAGGAGAAAAAAAAAUGAUGCUUUCAUAAGAAAGCUCCACCCUCGUUUUUGCUGUUUGUAUAUAUUGGUGGAAACAUGGAGUGAAUGGAGGAGUUGCAGCAGAUCAUGGAUGAGGAGCAGAACAUUACCAAAGACACAGAUUUCAGCCUGGUCCAAGUCAAAGGGACAUGGAAACGCCAAAAGGCCUCAUGCCAUGGCCAUAAGGGACGAGUCUCAGCUGCAAAGAUCUGUGAAAGCACUUCCUCCCAUGCCAUUUCAUGGACAGUGGUGAGUCCCAUCACCUUCACCUACACUGUCACCCAGACACAUGAUCUUCUGAACCCCAGCAACGACACUCUCCUGAUGGGCCACAUCAGAGAUCCCAAGCAGCUCGAGGACCUCAGCUCCAGCACCAAGCCUAUAAAGCGAUUCGUAGUAAUGGAUGAGACGGUGUACAACCUUUAUGGCUCUCAGGUCACUGACUACUUUCGGGCCAGAAAUGUCCUCUACAGAAUCCUGCCACUGCCAACCACAGAGGAGAACAAAUCCAUGGACAUGGUGCUGAAGAUCCUGGAAGAGGUCCACAGGUUUAGCAUUGACAGACGCACUGAACCCAUCAUUGCCAUUGGGGGAGGUGUUUGUUUGGACAUUGUUGGUCUGGCUGCCUCCCUCUAUAGAAGGCGUACCCCCUACAUUCGUGUCCCCACCACCCUGCUGUCCUACAUUGAUGCCAGUGUCGGAGCAAAGACCGGUGUGAAUUUUGCAAACUGCAAGAAUAAGCUGGGCACCUACAUCGCUCCUGUUGCGGUAUUCCUGGACAGAGCUUUCAUCCAAACUGUGCCCCGCAGACACAUAUCCAACGGACUUGCAGAAAUGCUCAAGAUGGCACUCAUGAAGCACAAAGGCUUGUUUGAGCUUUUGGAGACCAAGGGAAGGUUUUUGCUAGACUCCAAGUUCCAGUCAACCUCUGGACUACAUGGCAACUGCUCUGACCCCGCCUCAGUGUCCACACGGCUCGCUAUAGAAACAAUGCUAGAAGAGCUGGCCCCAAACUUGUGGGAGGACGACCUUGAUAGGCUGGUUGAUUUUGGUCAUUUGAUCAGUCCUGAGCUGGAAAUGAAGAUUCUGCCAUGCCUGCUCCAUGGGGAGGCAGUGAAUAUCGACAUGGCCUACAUGGUGUAUGUGGCCAGUGAAAGUGGGUUCCUGACCGACGUGGAGAGGAUCAGAAUCAUCCGCUGCAUGCUCAGGCUGGAGCUGCCGGUGUGGCAUCAGGCCUUAAGCUUUACUCUGGUCCAGAAAGCUCUGAAUGACAGGCUGCAGCACUGUGGAGGCCUGAUGAGGAUGCCUUUACCCAUUGGCCUCGGAAGAGCAGAAAUAUUUAAUGACGUCAGGAACGACACUCUCUACAAAGCGUAUGAGAAGUGGUGUGAUGACCUGGGCCCUGGCUCAGAGCAGUGACUGCACAAAUUCUGCUUUUAUGAUGAUUUCUCUUAGAUUAUUCUUAGCAAGUUCUUGUAAAACGUUUAGGUUUUUCUUCUGAUCUUUAUGAGAUCAUGAAUCCACUGUUAACGUGAGGCGACACAUUGGAGUGUCACGGUCGCUCGUACGGUUGUGAGCAUGGGGCGCGAGUGCACAUACCAAAUCAUUCAGGCCAACUAUUUCUUGGCAAGAAUUUAAGCUUGUGUCACAAAUAACAUUGAAUGACUUUGGAAGUUAAAGCCUAAUGCACUUCUGGCACACAGUGCUGUAAUGAGGCUGCAAAUAGUUUGAGAACGUUUUAAAAGUGCUAACAACCGAUUUUACAAAGUUCUGUUGCACUUUCAUGAAAUGUCGCACCGCACGACGCCUCUUGAACAUGUUUGUUUUAUUGGCGCAUAGCUACACUAAAGGGAACGGACUGUUUGGUUUGUGUUUAAUGGUUUCAUAGUACUGUAUGAUGACUUUUUAUAAACUGGGAAAAAAAAGUGUGAACAAGGUUGCGGGUCCGAAAGAGAACUGCGUUUAUUCUAAUAUUUAAUCUAAAGAAGUAAAAGUUAUAAAAAUGAACAGAAAGUGGUUUUGAUAUGAAAUACUGUCAGACAUGCCAACUAAACAGGGACCAAAAUAGCAGAAAGGAGCAUUUCAAAAAUUCUCUUUUUUCUUUUUUCAUCAGUUUUGUAAGGUAUGUUUUGUAUGUAUAAGCAUGCACAUUUGCAUUAAACACCAUUUUAAAGAAAA